AUGACUACCCCCACUCUGGUCGACCCGACCAAACAGGCCGAGUACCCUAUUGUCCUGGGUGAACGCCUGUCGAAUGCAGAUCACAGUCGAUUGAUCAACAUAAAUUACAACUACAAGACCAAACAUGCUACAUCACGGCAGCGUUCAAACGUGACUCGCUCGGCCCGGUCGCAUGACCUCUACGACCUUUCCGUCACCGAUAAGGCCCCGAGUGCCGAUCAAACAUUGACGUAUGCCUACCAAGGCAGUGAAGACCCCGACAGCGAGCGCAGCCUCGUGCUCAUAUUCGAUCCCGACCGAAAAGUUUUCGUUCUGGAACCUUUAAACACCAAAUUGAACUUCAAUCUUCGCUCGGCGCCAGGGAAGACAGAGAAACAAGUGAUUGAGCAAUAUGAGCAGCUACGGAUAACACAGGAGGAUGAACAUACAUCAGGGGAUGAUCCCAACGCUGGAAGCACCAGUGAAGACGAGGGCCCAGCUGAUGAUAGCAAUCCAUAUGACUUUCGACAUUUCCUUCGCAAAGAGGGGGCGGAAGUCAAGCCGGCCUCCGGCAACAGUACUCCGGAGCCAGUUUACACUAGCAAGGCCAACACUCCUGUGAUUGCAGCCACAAAACCUGCUGCAAAGCCUAUUCCGCGGCCGAAGAAACAGGCGAACCCACUCCGAGAGCCCAAACGUCCGGCGAAGCCACAAGCUAAACCCCAUCCACCUAAGCCUGAGCCGGAACCUGUCACCGAGUCCGCUAGCACACGUGCAGACCCACAGGAAAAUGAAGAUGCUCGUUCGUCAAUUUCAGAUGCUGGAACAGGUUCUGCAUCUCAACAGACAGUCCAAUCCCCAGGUUCCAACAUCAUUGUGGAUGGAGACUUGAUCAUUGACAUGGGAUCUCCACCGCCAUCCCGCGCAUUCAAGGUCAACCCGGCCUUUUUCUCAUCCAACAACACCCCCGAUGAGCGGGAUGACGAUGGCGACGAGGAUAUGGAAAGUUUCCGACUUCCAUCCCCUGCAAGAAAUACCCAACCGCCACCAUCAGCUCCUGUUGAAGCGAGUGUCGAUGGCGAUGAUCUAGAAGAUGAAGAUGAUUUACUUGCUGCGGAGAUGGAAGCUGCGUUUGAAGAGAGUGCGCGGGAGGAAGAGGCCCGCAGUCAACAAUAUAAUCCGCAUAAUUCUGGCCGGUACAAUGUACCGAGCGAUGAUGAGAGCGAGGUUAGCGAAGAGGAGUAA